CACUGCAGAACAUGGCAGACUCGGAUGAUGAAUACGAUAGGAAGAGACGUGAUAAAUUCAGAGGUGAAAGGACAGAGUCAUAUUCACGGGAACGCAGAGAUGAUCGUAGACGUGAUGAUUGGGUCGAUAGCAGAGAGUGGUCAAGUCGUCCUAGACAACGUCCAGAUUAUCGCGAGUAUCGAGGUGGAGGAGGUGGAGGACGCGAUCGUUACAGUCCUGCAAGAUCUCAAGACAUACAGCCACCUUUGAAAAGAAUGCGAUUUGAAUGGGAUGACAGACCAAGAUAUGGUCACGACUAUUAUGGUGGAGGCAGCAGUGGUGGUGGUGGUGGUGCUGGCGGCGCCGGUGGAACUUCGUGGAGUCCAGAUCAUUAUCCCCCUCCUCACCAUGGCAACCAUCACUAUGGCAAUCACAGCAAUAGUAGCAGUCGAGAAGUAGCUGGAAAUUUCAGUAAUUCAAAUGUUGAAACUCAACCACCUAUGAUGUCAUUCAAAGCAUUCCUUGGUACUCAAGAAGAUACUAUUACUGACGAGGAGGCUAUUAAACGCUACAACGAGUACAAAUUGGAAUUCAGGAGACAGCAACUCAAUGAGUUCUUUGUCGCUCAUAAGGACGAAGAAUGGUUCAAAAUAAAAUAUCAUCCUGAGGAAUCAGUGAAAAGAAAGGAUGAACAAGUAUCAGCACUUAAGAAACGCGUGGAUGUUUUUCUGGAGUUGCUGAACUCGGGAGAGAUAGAAAAAGUAUCUGUCGACGCCGAUCAAGCAGAUGCAUUGCUACAUCUUUUAGAUGCAGUAGUUAUUAAACUAGAAGGAGGAACAGAAGAAGAUUUACAAAUUUUAAACAUCAAGCCACCUAAACCUAUAAUAACUAAAGAUGUCUUGAAAGAAAAAGAAGAUAAUAAGAAUAAAUCUACAGAAAAAAAAUCCGAGAAUAGCGAUGAAAAGAAAAUGGACGAAUGUAGCGAGAAAAGCUCCAAAAAUGAUGAGAAUGCCGUGACAGAAGUCGAAAAUUCGGAAAAAGAUGAAAAUACGAAAUCUGAAUCUGAUAAAAUAAAGCAAAACGGUGAUGAGUGCAACGAUGUGGAAGAAGCUGCUAAUGAUAAUAAGCCUCCGGAAAAAUCAGAGAAAUCAAGGAAACGUAAACGUACCGAGAGCAAUAGCAGCAGCAGUAGCAGCAGUAGCAGUAGCUCUUCUGGUAGUGACAGUAAUAAACCAGACACACCAAAAACGGAAACUCCUGCCAUCGAAAAAAUGGAGGCUAAUAACGAAGAAGCUGACGAAGAAGACACUAAGAAAGAAAAUCAAGAAACUAAAACUAAAGUAGAAAUUACAAAUAAUAAAAAACCUACAAUUGAGCCAGAAGCAGUGAUUGAUUUGGCUAGUGAGGAUAAAGAUAAGGAACCUAGAGCUCUGCACAAAACUAGUAGCAUUUUUCUUCGUAAUUUAGCGCCUACGAUUACCAAAGCAGAAGUUGAAGCGAUGUGCAAGCGAUUCCCUGGAUUCUUACGCGUAGCUAUAGCGGAUCCGCAACCUGAGAGACGAUGGUUCCGCCGUGGCUGGGUUUCGUUCGAGAGACAAGUGAAUAUCAAAGAAAUCUGUUGGAGUUUGAAUAACAUUAGAUUACGCGAUUGUGAACUUGGUGCUAUAGUAAACAGAGAUCUGUCGCGACGUAUUCGAUCAGUGAAUGGUAUAACAUCUCACAAACAGAUAGUCCGACAUGACAUUAAACUUAGUGCCAAAAUUGUUCACAAUUUGGAUAAUAGAGUGGGCUUAUGGAAGGAAGAUAAAAAGGACGAAAGUGCAUCGAAACAAGAAGAAGAUAAAGAAAAUAAGACCGCGCCAAGUAGUAGUGAGGUCGAGCAAGCUGCUUUUGGAUUGUCAUCUAAAAAUCCAGUAUUGAAAAAUAUAACAGACUAUUUGAUAGAGGAAGCUUCAGCCGAAGAGGAAGAAUUGCUAGGUAUGUCAGGUGAGCAAGAAGAAGGUCAGUUAGGUGGUGACGGAGAUAGUUCUAUUGAAAGAGAUCCAGUUCUAAUCAAGGUAUUAGACAAAUUAGUGUUGUACUUACGAAUCGUUCAUUCUGUUGACUACUACAAUCAUUGUGAGUAUCCAAACGAAGACGAAAUGCCAAACAGAUGUGGAAUAAUGCACGUGAGAGGAUCGCCACCCAAUACCAAAAUUUCCAGCGCUGAAUUAUCGGAGUAUUGUCGUAAUUUCGAGAGCAAAAUGUCUGCUUUCCUGCAACCAAUCGCUACCUUAUCCACUGAAGAGUUCGAGAAGCUAGGCGCGAAGAAUGCCGAAGCUGAAGUCGAAAAAUUCGUCCAAGCUAACACCCAAGAAUUGUCAAAGGAUAAAUGGUUGUGUCCUCUUAGCGGAAAGAAAUUCAAAGGACCUGAUUUUAUCCGCAAGCAUAUUUUCAACAAACAUUCCGAGAAGGUCGCUGAAGUGAAAGCGGAAGCUGAAUAUUUCAAUAAUUAUUUAAAAGAUCCAAAGAGGCCUCAGCUUCCCGAACAUCCUGGUAAUAAAACACCACUGAGGGAAGGACCGCGCGAGAAUUUUUCACCGUAUGGUUGCAGCUCAUUCGGAAAUUACGGUGGUGGAUACGGCGGUGGCAGGGGCAGUUAUGGUUCCGGCUAUGGUGGCGGAUUCGGUGGUGGAUUCGGCGCACCGCGUUCCAAUCGUGGCGGAUUCAACCGAGGACGUGGCGGUGGUAGCGACUUUCGACCAGUCAUACAUUAUCGAGAUCUUGAUGCACCUCGAGAACCAGACGAAUUCCUGUAAGAUGAUCAAAUAAUAUUUACAAGAAGUACUGAUCGAAUACGAAGAUACAUGGGCACCACUUAGAAGUACUUGGAAUUUCAAUAUGUCCUUUGUAAACAACAUUCACAGUAUACGUUUCGCGCGUAUCUGUAUAAAUAUUUAUAUUUGCUAUAAUUAAUUCUUGAUUAAAAAAAUUAAACGAAUCGUUUAAUUUUAAAAUAGCAGAAUAUGUAUGAAUAUUGAAUGUUAAAAAAAAAGAAAUAUUAAAAUAUGUCUUCACAUAAAAAAGGCUUUGAAUACAAAGAAAAAGUCUAAAACCAAUCUAGAAGUAACAUAAUAAGAAACUUGUAUUAUGAAUUUUAUACAUAACUUGAUUUUCACAGUGUCUCUGAAUAAAAAAAAAUAUAUAGAUACUCUUAUUUAAGCAGUAAAAUGUGCACUCUGAUGGAACAAAUCAACUUAUUUCGCAUAUGUUUUUUUGUUUUAUGUGAGCAGAAGCAUAAAAUUGAUUUAUAUAAUUUUAAUAUUCUUAAUAUUCAUGACACGUAAACUGUAGAAUUAUAGAAUAAUGACACAAUAAAAAGGAUCCUGAAAA